AUGUCUUCGGAUGAGCCUGGUACAACCCCUUUUCACUCCGUGCAAGCAUCGUUCUCGAAGUUCCAGCGCCAAUAUCAACAAACACUUGACCGAUGGACUCCUCACGUUUUUCAACGGUGGUUGUCGACUCUCUUUCUACUGGCGCUCUUCAUGCUUAGGAUUGUGUUGUCCCAGGGGUGGUACAUUGACGGCUUGGCCAUUUACCUUUUGAACUUGCUUCUUGCAUUCCUGCAGCCCAAGUUCGACCCUUCACUUGAGGAUGAUCUUCUUGCCGACGAGAUUGAGGAGGGCGGUGACCAAAGUGUGCCUGUACUUCCUUCUCAGCGGGAUGAUGAGUUUAGGCCUUUUGUAAGAAGACUCCCUGAAUGGCAAUUUUGGUUAAGUGCAACAAGGGCCACUCUCAUAUCACUCUUCUGUACCGUGUCAGAGGUCUUUGAUGUGCCCGUCUACUGGCCGAUCCUCGUGGUCUACUUUUGUGUUCUCUUCGCAUUGACAAUGCGUCGGCAAAUUCAGCACAUGAUCAAGUACAAGUACAUUCCGUUCGACAUCGGGCGCAAGGCACGUUACGGCGGGAGCAAGUAG